GAGAGCUCGCGGAUCUCCAUGCGCCGCUGCUGUAGCUAGCUGCAAACGCUGCCAAAAAAGAUACUGCACCAGAAGAAAAGAAACAGUUUGCGUGCUGCGCGGCAGAGGGGCGCGCGCCACGGCAGCUCCGGUGCACGUGACCCGGCGGGAGCGAAUCGAAUCGCAGCCGUCCAAGUCGCGGCGCAUCGGACGGCGGUGGUAGUCGUAUAAAUCCAUCCAGGCCGCCCCGCGAGCGGAAAGCCCAUUGCUACCAACCACCGCCGUGAACAGCAGCAGCACAGCAGAGCGCAGACCCAGCAGCGACAACACAAUGGCGGCCUCAACCAUCUCCUUCUCCCACCCCAAAACCCUAGCCGCCGCCGCGGCUGUGCCCAAAACGCUGCCGAUCCCCACCGCCUCCUCCGUCGCCUUCCCCGCCUCGCACCCGGCAUGGGUCCUCUCCGCCGCCCGCCGACGCGCGGUCGCGGCCAUGGUCGCGGCACCGACGACGACGGCUUCCGUGGGCGCCGCCAUGCCCUCGCUCGACUUCGACACCUCCGUGUUCAACAAGGAGAAGGUCUCCCUCGCCGGCCAUGAGGAGUAUAUCGUGAGGGGUGGGAGGAACCUCUUUCCGCUGCUCCACGAGGCCUUCAAGGGCGUCAAGCAGAUCGGAGUCAUCGGAUGGGGCUCCCAGGGUCCAGCACAAGCUCAGAAUCUGAGAGAUUCCCUAGCUGAAGCAAAGUCUGACAUUGUUGUUAAGAUUGGUCUCCGGAAAGGUUCUAAAUCUUUUGAGGAAGCACGUGGAGCUGGAUUCUCUGAAGAGAAUGGAACCCUGGGAGAUAUAUGGGAGACGAUUUCAGGCAGUGAUCUUGUGUUGCUGCUCAUAUCUGAUUCUGCACAGGCAGACAACUAUGAGAAAAUAUUCUCUCACAUGAAACCGAACAGUAUUCUUGGUUUAUCACAUGGAUUUCUCCUUGGACAUUUGCAAUCACAUGGCCUUGAUUUCCCCAAAAACAUCAGUGUUGUUGCUGUAUGUCCAAAGGGAAUGGGCCCAUCAGUCCGAAGACUUUAUGUUCAGGGCAAGGAAGUAAAUGGGGCUGGCAUCAACGCUAGCUUUGCUGUUCACCAGGAUGUUGAUGGAAGGGCUACUGAUGUUGCUCUAGGAUGGUCAGUUGCACUGGGAUCUCCUUUCACAUUUGCUACUACUUUAGAACAGGAGUACAAGAGUGACAUCUUCGGGGAGCGAGGAAUUUUGCUGGGUGCUGUCCAUGGCAUCGUGGAGGCUUUGUUUAGGAGAUACACUGAGCAAGGGAUGGAUGAGGCCUUGACAUACAAAAGUACUGUAGAGGGCAUCACCGGAAUUAUAUCAAAAACUAUCUCAAAGAAGGGGAUGCUUGAAGUGUACAACUCCUUGAGUGAGGAAGGCAAAAAGGAGUUCAACAAGGCGUACAGUGCAUCAUUUUAUCCUUGCAUGGAUAUACUUUAUGAAUGCUAUGAAGAUGUUGCCUCCGGAAGUGAAAUCCGGAGUGUUGUGUUGGCAGGGCGGAGGUUCUAUGAUAAGGAAGGUCUUCCUGCUUUCCCUAUGGGAAAAAUUGACCAAACUCGUAUGUGGAAGGUUGGUGAGAAGGUGCGCUUGACCCGCCCAGAUGGUGACCUUGGCCCACUUCACCCCUUCACGGCUGGAGUUUAUGUUGCACUCAUGAUGGCCCAGAUCGAGGUCCUAAGAAAGAAGGGUCACUCUUACUCAGAGAUCAUUAACGAGAGCGUCAUUGAGUCUGUGGACUCCCUGAACCCGUUCAUGCACGCCCGUGGAGUGGCCUUCAUGGUCGACAACUGCUCCACCACUGCACGCCUGGGAUCAAGGAAGUGGGCACCACGCUUUGACUACAUCCUGACCCAGCAAGCCUUCGUGACGGUGGACAAGGAUGCCCCGAUCAACCAGGACCUCAUCAGCAACUUCAUGUCAGACCCUGUCCAUGGUGCCAUCGAAGUCUGUGCCGAGCUGAGGCCGACCGUCGAUAUCUCGGUGACCGCCGACGCUGAUUUCGUGCGCCCGGAGCUCCGGCAAUCUUCAUAGAUCAGUCAUUUGUGUCGGCCUGGGCAGAUGAGUGUUUUUGAUGGAUUGACUGUGUGUGUGCACCUGUUUGAACUUGUGAGCUGCUGUCGGAUUUGGGUUGGACUACCGUUCCAGAAUAAAGUUAGUUCCCCCGGGCCCCGGUGAUGCUGUGUUUGUGCAGCAUUUGCCGGACCAUGUAAUGUAGGUCAAACUGAUCAUCCAGCUCAGUCAUAACAAAAUCUUGUACUCCCUCUAACAAAAGAUGUCUCAAGUUUGUCAAAAUUUGGUUGUAUCUAGACAUGACUUAGUGUAUAGAUGCAUUCAAAUUUAGUCAAAA